UUACCUUGUUACCUUGUUACUCUGUUACCUUGUUACCUUGUUACUCUGUUACCUUGUUACUCUGUUACUCUGUUAUCUUGUUACUCUGUUACCUUGUUACCUUGUUACUCUGUUACCUUAGUACCUUGUUACUCUGUUACCUUGUUACCUUGUUACUCUGUUACCUUGUUACCUUGUUACUCUGUUACCUUGUUACCUUGUUACCUUGUUACUCUGAUACCUUGUUACCUUGUUACCUUGUUACUCUGUUACCUUGUUACCUUGUUACUCUGUUACCUUGUUACUCUGUUACUCUGUUAUCUUGUUACUCUGUUACCUUGUUACCUUGUUACUCUGUUACCUUAGUACCUUGUUUCUCUGUUACCUUGUUACCUUGUUACUCUGUUACCUUGUUACCUUGUUACUCUGUUACCUUGUUACCUUGUUACUCUGUUUCCUUGUUACCCGGUUACCUUGUUACUCUGUUACCUUGUUACCUUGUUACUCUGUUACCUUGUUACUCUGUUACUCUGUUAUCUUGUUACUCUGUUACCUUGUUACCUUGUUACUCUGUUACCUUAGUACCUUGUUACUCUGUUACCUUGUUACCUUGUUACUCUGUUACCUUGUUACCUUGUUACUCUGUUACUUUGUUACCUUGUUACUCUGUUACCUUGUUACCUUGUUACCUUGUUACUCUGUUACCUUGUUACCUUGUUACUCUGUUACCUUGUUACCUUGUUACUCUGUUACCUUGUUACUCUGUUACCUUGUUACCUUGUUACUCUGUUACCUUAUUACCUUGUUUCUCUGUUACCUUGUUACCUUGUUACUCUGUUACCUUGUUACCUUGUUACUCUGUUUCCUUGUUACCUUGUUACUCUGUUACCUUGUUACCUUGUUACCUUGUUACUCUGUUACCUUGUGACCUUGUUACUCUGUUACCUUGUUACCUUGUUACUCUGUUACCUUGUUACCUUGUUACUCUGUUACCUUGUUACCUUGUUACUCUGUUACCUUGUUACUCUGUUACUCUGUUACCUUGUUACUCUGUUACCUUGUUACCUUGUUACCUUUUUACCUUGUUACCUUGUUACUCUGUUAUCUUGUUACUCUGUUUCCUUGUUACUCUGUUACCUUGUUACCUUGUUACUCUGUUACCUUGUUACCUUGUUACCUUGUUACUCUGUUACCUUGUUACGUUGUUACCUUGUUACUAUGUUACCUUGUUACCUUGUUACUCUGUUACCUUGUUACCAUGUUACCUUUUUACUCUGUUACCUUGUUACCUUGUUACUCUGUUACCUUGUUACCUUGUUACCUUGUUACUCUGUUACCUUAGUACCUUGUUACUCUGUUACCUUGUUACCUUGUUACUCUGUUACCUUGUUACCUUGUUACUCUGUUACCUUGUUACCUUGUUUCUCUGUUACCUUGUUACCUUGUUACUCUGUUACCUUGUUACCUUGUUACCUUGUUACUCUGUUACCUUGUUACCUUGUUACUCUGUUACCUUGUUACCUUGUUACCUUGUUACUCUGUUACCUUGUUACCUUGUUACUCUGUUACCUUGUUACCUUGUUACUCUGUUACCUUGUUACCUUGUUACCUUGUUACUCUGUUACCUUGUUACCUUGUUACUCUGUUACCUUGUUACCUUGUUACUCUGUUACCUUGUUACUCUGUUACUCUGUUACCUUGUUACCUUGUUACCUUGUUACCUUGUUACCUUUUUACCUUGUUACCUUGUUACUCUGUUAUCUUGUUACUUUUUUUAUCUUGUUACUCUGUUACCUUGUUACCUUGUUACCUUGUUACUCUGUUACUCUGUUACCUUGUUACCUUGUUACCUUGUUACUCUGUUACCUUGUUACCUUGUUACUCUGUUACCUUGUUACCAUGUUACCUUUUUACUCUGUUACCUUGUUACCUUGUUACUCUGUUACCUUGUUACCUUGUUACCUUGUUACUCUGUUACCUUGUUACCUUGUUACCUUGUUACUCUGUUACCUUGUUACCUUGUUACCUUGUUACUCUGUUACCUUGUUCCUUGUUACUCUGUUACCUUGUUACCUUGUUACCUUGUUACCUUGUUACUCUGUUACCUUGUUACCCUGUUACCUUGUUACUCUGUUACCUUGUUACUUUGUUACCUUGUUACCUUGUUACCUUGUUACUCUGUUACCUUGUUACCUUGUUACCUUGUUACCUUGUUACUCUGUUACCUUGUUACCUUGUUACCUUGUUACCUUGUUACUCUGUUACCUUGUUACCUUGUUACUCUGUUACCUUGUUACCUUGUUACUCUGUUCCCUUGUUCCCUUGUUACUUUGUUAAUCUGUUAG